AUGCCUCUUAAUUCAGCUGGUCUGAGCCUGUGGAAUUCGAUGGCCAAGCUGCAAGACGAAAUUGUUGAACUACUUCAGUUUGAGCACGAAUACUAUCCCGGUCCCCUAAAGAUAUCCAUGCUACCAGCCCCUGAACAGGUCAAAACUAUAAACUCUUUUUUCAGAACCUUUUCCGACCUGGAAUCUCUCAACAAGUCACCGACUCCCUCAGAAGCAGAGAUCAUACUCAAAGUUUUACAAUUCUUACUCCUUAUGCGGCUCGAAAUUCAGCGAACUCAGCGAGGCGCCUCCGCGGUCACCGAAAAGAUUGAAAUCGCCAAACCAACGGUUGUCGUCGACUUGGUUGCGUUACAUACCAAACUCCUGGUGCACAAGCUGGGGAACAACUUCUUCGACUCCUUUGAGUCAGUCGUCCCCGACAUAACGUUUUUGGAAUCCGGCGCCGCUAUGGGGUACUUUCGUGGAGCAAUAACAGCCCUCCCCGAAGAAGAUAAGCAGUCAGCGGUCCACGCCGUCUUGACCACUAUAUUAGCACAUGAGCGGGAAAUCUUUCCCGAAACAGUACAUCGAAGCACCCAGUUUAUCAAGAUUUGCACAGGAUUUCGGAAUUCCAAACUCCUCCUACCGGAACAUAUCGCUACCCUCGUAAACAUUCUUGAAAAUCCUGAAGCAGCGCUAGGCAACUCAACAGGAAGAAGAAUUCAAUACCAACUUGUCUUUUACCUCUUUGAUUCCAUCAAACGUGACACAAACAUCAUGAUAGAAGCCUUGAAACACAGCUGCGAUCGAGGGGUUUUCCAAUCUAAACUUGGGUUCAUGGGAAUGUACCUGAAAAAAUACCGGAAUCGAUUCCUAGAUGGCAGAUAUAAGCACACAGAACAAGAAUUAAGCCCAAUGGGCUCAUUGGCCAGAACUUAUGAGCCUUUUCGCAACUGGAUUUUUAUAGUACUUCAUGAAACAUUUGGGCACAAAACACAUAGCGAGCUACACGAAGAAAUAGGAAAGGCACGAUACGACCUGUGGAUGCGCGACUUGAGUAACGACGAACUUGUCCAACUUCUACACGUGUUGCCCAGCGAUCGAUUCUGGCAUUACGUACACGCCACGAAGUCUGGACUAACUGAAUCUGAACACGGUCACUGGCCAACCUCAGAUAUCAUCCGAUUGAUAAUUGAUUGA